AUGCCAUUUACAAAGAUAUUUCAUAAGAAAUCGAAGAAAUCUUUGAACAUAGGUCCUCCUACCCUUGUUCCAAAUACCAAAGACAAUUCUAAGUUAUUAAAUUUAGUUUCACCAAAUCCCCAAAUUGUUAAAGUAUCAAGUCCAUUGAAUGUUCCCGUUGAAGAUAAAAAGAUAGAAUCCAAGAUUCAAAAAUCCAAAUCAACAGGGUUCUUAAAUAUUUUCCACAAAAAGGAAUCAAAAAAUACUGUGUUAUCAACCAAACCUUCAAUUAAUACUUUACCCAAUAAUAAUCAAACAAUAACCAAAGAUGAGUUCAUAAUACCCAAGGAGAAUGAAAGGUUCCUGGAGACUAUAUUUGAAGAUAGAAUAAGGUAUUCAUUACAGAGAAAAGCUGAAGAGGUAAAAGCUAAAAACCCUCCCAUGGAUUACAAAAGAAGACCAAUGGUAUUUACUGAUUCUGCUGUGAAUUUGAACGAUUUACCACAUUCAACAGAAAUUGAUAUUGAAUGUGAUGACAAUUUCCAGCAGAAUAGAUAUAAUGUUUACCAAAACAAUGAUAGCAUGAUAAAUAAUUUCCAUUAUUCUAAAUUGAUCGAAAAUUCAAUACUAAAUGAUUUAUCAAGUUUGGAUUCUUUACCCAUAGAAGAAAAUCAACCCUUAAUACUGUCUGAGACUGACAAUGAAAAGGAAAAUUCUUACCUUCAACAACUGCCUUCAAUUAUGCAUAAAAAGAUGUCAUUCCCAUCUUCGAAUUUUACUCCAGGUAUGGGAAUUAGAAUGAAAUCAAUUGCUCCAAUUGAGCCAACCAUUGAAUCCAGAGGAAGAGAUUACAAAGAAUCUGAGGCUGAAUUGAAAUUCAUUAGCGAUCAAUCAACUACAUUGAAUUCAAGGAGUACUUCUGCUUCUAAUUCAGUCUUAAAUUUCAAGACUUCCCGUUUGAGUAAGAUAAAAAAGAACGGUUCUGUUAACUCGGCCAUCUACUCGAAUACAAACGGAAAAAAUCACAGCAAUCAAUUAACUCCAAGAAACUCAGCAAUAUCUUUAAGUAAAACUUUGAUACCCAAAUUGUUAAGAUCAUCAUCAAACUUGAAGUCAGAUGAUAUUUUGAAUGAUGAAUUAUCCUACAGUGUUGGGGACAAAAAGUCCCUCAGUGAAGAAAAUGAAGAUCCUACUAUUUCUUGCUCCAAUUCAAAUACUAAUACUCAUUCUAAUAACUAUUCGGAGUUUGAUACUAUCAAGGAUGUCAAUAUUCAAGUCAUCAAGAAUUAUAAUAAGAACUCUUCUAAGUUGAGAGUUGUUUCUUCAUCUCCUGUGAGAAGUCAUGGCAAGAGUCCUUCUAUCAAUUCAAGGAAAUCGGUUACUGAAACUCCAAAGAUCGCAGAGACUAAAUUCCUUAACGAAAAUAUAGAUGAGAUACUUGAAAAUAGAAUGUUGGAGAAUGAUGAAGAUAUCGACUAUUUCAAACCUUCCAAUCCUGUGAAUUUGAUUAAAAAAGACGAAGUUUAUAGAGAAGAAAUGUUGUCGUUGAUUGAAAGACAUUCAUUAAUGGUCUCCAAGAAACAAGAAGAAAUUAAUCAUUUACGUAAUUUGUUACAGCAAGAAAGAAGAAUGACAUCAUUUUUAUCAUUAGCUUCUUCACCACAACAGCGUCAUGAAACUACUCCAUCUUCUUCACCCAAAUUACCUAAUUCUCCAGAUUUCAACGGUAAUAGAAAAAUGAUAAGGAAGAAAUUUAUUCCAAUCGAUAUUACCUUGACUCAAGAAUCAAAACCAAAUAACUUCGUUCCUUAUAAUAGGAACACCAUGCAUUUACUUCCACCUUUUGAAACCUCUCCAAAAGAACAAAGAGUCAGAAGUUCCCAUUCAAUACCUAACAAAUUAAAUAUUAAUGAUAUUCAUGGCAGUGCCGAUGAUUUCAUUCCUAAACCAUUCCAUAAUCCAAAAGCUUUCAGUCCGAGACAACAGAAUCUUGAAUUUUUUGAUAAUGUUUCUGAAGAAACUAAAAUUGAGUCAACAGAUAAUCUUCAUGAUAUUCAACCAUUGAAGAGGAUGUCCUUAGCUUCUAAGCAUUCAUCGAUAAAUUCAAAUUCUUCCGCUUACUAUACUGCUUUUGAUGAAAGUUUCGAAUCAAUCGAAUUACUUGGUGAUCCAGUAAUAAUUGAUAAAAUAGUUGAAAGUGAUAAUGAAAAUGAAGUUUAUCAUUAUCAUAAGAAUUCAACCCCAGUUAAUAUCAUAGAAUUUCCAAAACAGGCUAGAGAUUUUUCCGGUUCCACAACUAUGUCAUCUGUGAUGAGUAAAGUUCGUAAUAAUUCAAAUGAUUCUAUCUUAUCGAGUUUUUUAUUAACUCCUGAUACUGAAGAAUUUGACAUUAUUAAAAAGUAA